UCCGUCAAGUCGGACUUAAACGGGUUCAGCCAGCAAAAAGUAAAAGUCACCUGGUCUGUCGUGUGAGUCCAAUUGUAAGAUAAUGAGUGUAAUUACGAUAUUGCUCAAGACUUUGUUUGUGUUCGUAUUGGCGUCAUUUUUGGGGUCUAGAGGAGUGGCCGGGUAUGAUCCCGAUGAUCCCAAGAUAGCCGAGUGCUGUCUCCCCCCGGAGGGGAUGUUCGAGGCCUUCUAUCCCCGAGAAGUUGAGGGAAUUCCCAAUAGUGCCUCGCGUCCCGCUCAUGGACAUGGCAGCUUCUUCAAGCAUCGGAACCCAGCGCUAGUGGACACAAAAAAUGCAGCGGCCUAUGGUUAUCGGUUCGAUGGCAAAAGGCGUUUUAAUUUUGAUUAGUUUUGCCCGCCAAAAAUGUA